UGUGUGAUUUAGAAAUUUUGAAAAAUCACACAUUUACACACAAAUUAUUUUUUUUGUUCGCACAAAAACAUUACGAGACAUAUCUACCCUAUUUUUGUAAAGUAUGAAUCUUUAUCACACCGUAUUUGAUGUGUAUCAAGCUAUUUAUAAAGGUCAAGGUCUAUUACAAUCUCAGCGAUAAGGUUAUUCAUUAACCACUGACUUAGGUAAGGAGUCACAAGAUGCUAGUGUAGAGAUAAUUACUUACUUUUCCUUUAUCUAUCAGAAGAACUGAAUUCAUUUUCCAUUUUUUUUAAGGGAAAUUCUAUCCUUUUUCGUGAGUUGUUCACUGGAUUUCAAUAGUUGAAGUGAGAGCCGUUUUUGUGUGUUUGUCAUGGGAAACAAAAAAUAUGUUUAAAUUAAGCUCUCCAAAUAUCUCUGCAUCUGAAGGAGCAAUGCUAGAUAACAGUAGCCAAACACAUUUGUCUCUACCUGUUGAUGUGUCAUUAUUGCGUUUUAAUGUUCAAAUGUAGCCAAUCAUUGUAAUUAAGCAUUUUUCAUUGAUGCAUUUUGUAAUUGUGUAAAUUCUUGAGCCCAUUAUAGAUUACAACAAAUUAGCUAGCUUUGUAAAUUACCCAAAAUCUUUAUCUUAAAUUUCAUUUGACCAUUUUGCAGUCCUCUGAGGCCCAUUGAAUGGUGCUAUGCGGCCCUCCACUGGGCUCUGGAGAAAAGCUGCUCUAGAGAAAGAUGAACAGCUUUUGGUUCAAAGGCAAGUCCAUGUAGAAAACAGGAUGGAACCAUAGAAAGGAGACUUUGCUGCAACCAUUGCCUGGACAAAAGGCAAGGAGCUGGAACAUGAAGUAAAUCAGGAGUAGUAAGGAACAAGAUGCAACAGCUUUUUUCAUCAAAGAGUACAACACUGAUCAUAUUGCCUCAAAAAUCAACAUGUCUCAAUCACAGGCCAGGGUCUUGUCAACUGAACAGCUGAUUGAGCAUGGAAGAUCAGUCUCUCCUGCACCCAGCAAUCUUUCCAUGAAAAGUGACUGGUCCAAGGAGGAGCCUUCACACUUCAGAGAAAGUGAACCAAGCCCACUUGAGCACCAAAGACCAGACUUUUCUGCACCCACAAACAUUGCAGAGGAUGAUACUCUUGAAUGUAUGACUGGAAAAAGGCUGAUUGAGCAUGGAAGAUCAGUCUCUCCUGCACCCAGCGAUCUUUCCAUGAAAAGUGACUGGUCCAAGGAGGAGCCUUCAAACUUCAGAGAAAGUGAACCAAGCCCACUUGAGCACCAAAGACCAGACUUUUCUGCACCCACAAACAUUGCAGAGGAUGAUACUCUUGAAUGUAUGCCUGGAAAAAGGCUGAUUGAGCAUGGAAGAUCAGUCUCUCCUGCACCCAGCGAUCUUUCCAUGAAAAGUGACUGGUCCAAGGAGGAGCCUUCAAACUUCAGAGAAAGUGAACCAAGCCCACUUGAGCACCAAAGACCAGACUUUUCUGCACCCACAAACCUUGCAGAGGAUGAUACUCUAGAAUCUAUGCCUGGACAAAGGCUGAUUGAGCAUGGAAGAUCAGUCUCUCCUGCACCCAGCGAUCUUUCCAUGAAAAGUGACUGGUCCAAGGAGGAGCCUUCAAACUUCAGAGAAAGUGAACCAAGUGAUUCCAUGACAACUACCAAGGAAGAACAAGACCACAGCAAAGUUGAAUUAGUCAAGGAUAAUCAACACAAGCUCAAAGAAGACCUGAAGAGGAAAAUCCGCAAUCUGCAAAAAGAACUGAAAGUAACUGACUCUGAACUCUACGAGAUACAAACUGACAAAAACAAGGACACUAAAGCACAAACCUUUGAUAAAUUAUUUCAUAAAUCAAAGAAAGUGAAAGUGCGAACAGUGUUAAUGACAGGAGUAGCUGGAAUCGGUAAAACAUUUCAAAAAACGUUAUUCAUGGUUGACUGGGCAAAAGGAAACCACAACAAAAAGGUUGACUUUAUAGUGUCGUUAAACUUCAGUGAUCUGAAUUCAAUGACAGAUCAAAGCUUGAGAGAACUGAUUGGUAUUUCCCUCAACGUUGAAAAACAAGUCAAAUACAAGUUUAACAAAUGUAAACUUGUUUUUGUCCUUGAUGGCCUGGAAAAAUGUAAACUUCCUCUGGAUUUUGCAAACAACAUAGACCUGAAGAAUACUGAAAAGCCAGCCUCGAUGGAUGUGCUGCUAACAAACCUCAUCAAGGGGAAUUUGCUUCCUUCUGCUCAUAUUUGGAUCAUCUCUCAACCUUCAGGAGUUGAAAAGAUUCCUGCUGAAUAUAUCCAGAGAGAGACAGAAUGUCGAGAGAGCUUGAAGCGAAGGCAGAAGCUGGUCUCAGCUCUGAGAGAAAGAUUUCUUAAGGAAACCUCUCAACAUGAAAAAACAAAUCAUCCUAACCAGAAAAAUAUAGAACAUAUCAUAAGAGAGGACCGAGGAAGUGAGGUCAAUGAAAAGGAGAAAAAUGAACACAAUGCAGCCAAAUCUGUGAAACGGGUGAAUGCCGUAUCUGACAUCUUUAAAGAAGAAGAUGGACAAACGAUCCGUACUGUGCUGACUACUGGUGAAAGUGAAAUCGGAAAAUCCUUAUGUGUGCAGAAAUUCAUCAGAGAAUGGGCUAAAAAUGACAAAGGCUAUUUCACUUUCACUUCACAUGUAUUUUCCAAAUCCAAAGCUAAAGAAGAAGUUAUAUUUCCACUUGACAUCCCAACGCUUCAAAAAAUAAGAAAGAAGGAAUUCAGUUUGAUGGAACUACUUGAUUCUUUUUUCAAGGAAACUAAGGAAAAUGUAAUCUCUAACAUUGAACAGUUCAACGUUUUAUUUGUCUUGGAUGGAUUCGAUGAUUAUCAACAUCCUCUUGACUUUGUCAACAAUGACAAAUUAACUGAUGUAAGAAAGCGCGCUUCAGUGGAUGUUCUACUGACAAACCUCAUCAAAGGGAACUUGUUUCCGUCUGCCAGGCUUUGGAUAACCUCCCAACUCAAGUUGCCUGAUGCAGGUGUCGACAGGACGACAGAAAUACGAUGUAAGACUGAUGUUGCAAGUCAAGAGACACUCAAAACCCAGCUGAAACAACAAUUUACCCAUGUGGCAGAGGGGAUUGAUAUGCAGAAAACUUCUGCUCUUCUGAAUGCCAUCUACACAGAUCUCUACAUCAUUGAGGGAGAGAGGGGAGAGAUCAAUGCUGAGCAUGAGGCCAAACACGUUCAAGGCGCAAAGUUCAAACCAGUGGCAAAAGAAAAAAUGAUUAAAUAUCAUGACAUUCUAAAAUCUGCACCUGAAGAAAAUAGACCCAUCAGAACUGUGCUGACGAUCGGAUUGGCAGGCAUUGGAAAGACUUUUACUACAAAGAAAUACAUGUUGGACUGGGCUGAGGGUGAGGCCAACGAGGACAUAUUUUACACAUUUCCACUUUCCUUCCGGGAGCUGAAUUUGAGAGAAAAUCAAGAACAAAGCAUGGAGGAACUUAUUUUUCAGUUUUGUCCAGGAAUGAAGACAUCAGAAAUAAAGGACUAUGACAAGUACAGCAUUCUGAUUGUACUGGAUGGUCUUGAUGAAUGUCGCCUUGAACUUGACUUUGAGAAUGCUGAAACUUGCAGAGAGAUGAGUAAACCAACCUCAGUGAACGUCCUACUAACGAACCUCAUCCAAGGAAAUCUGCUUUCCAAAGCUCAAAUCUGGAUAACCUCCCGACCUGCAGCCGCCAAUCAUAUCCUUGCUGAUAAAGUUGACCGGGUAACAGAGGUGCGGGGAUUUAAUGAUGAGCAAAAGGAUGAGUACUUCAGAAGAAGAGUCAGUGAUAACAAUUUGGCAGAGAAAAUCUUGUUGCACGUCAAGAAAUCAAGGAGCCUUUACAUCAUGUGUCACAUUCCGGUCUUCUGUUGGAUCACAGCAAGCGUUCUGGAAGACAUUGUGAGAGAAACUGAGAAACAAGGCGAGGAAGAGCAAGCAAAGAGAAAUGAAGACAGGAUGCCCAAGACUUUGACUGACAUGUACAUAUACUUCCUUGUGUUACAAUGCAAACAGGCUAAUAUCAAGUACCCUGUAGAUGAAGCAGGUGACAAUUCUAACACAGAUUUAUGCUGGAAUGCAAGGAACAAGGAAACAAUAAUUUCUCUGGGUAAAGUGGCUUUUGAGGGUCUAAGCGAAGGGAACCUUCUCUUCGCUGAAGAACAGUUGACAGAGAAUGGGGUUGACAUCGAGAAAACUGCAAAGUUCUCUGGACUUUUUACUCAGAUCACCAAAGAAGGAUGUGGGCUGUACCCACAGAAAAUGUUCUGCUUUGUUCAUCUGAGCAUUCAAGAGUUCCUGGCUGCUUUUUAUGUAUUUCAAACAUUCAACAACACAGGUGAAAAUCUGCUUCCCAUGACCACUCCAACAGAAGAAGACAUGCCUGAAAGAUUCUACCAGACAGCGGUUGACAAGGCUUUAGAUAGCGAAAAUGGGGACUGGGAUCUGUUUCUCCGCUUCCUCUUAGGCCUCUCUCUGGAAACUAAUCAGAUUCUACUGCAAGAACUUCUGAAGAAGAAGGAAAACAACCAAGAGACCUACAAGGAAACAAUUAGAUACAUCAAAGAAAAGAUUUCGGAUGAGAAGAGACAUGCAGAUAAAAAACACAAUCUUCUCUACUGUCUGAACGAGCUGAAUGACCACUCUCUGGUUGAAGAACUGAAAAAGUACCUUCGCUCAGGAAAUGUCACAUUUGAGAAUUUCUCCACCUCCCAGUGGUCAGCUUUGACUUUUGUGCUGCUAACAUCAGAUGAGAAACUCGAUGUAUUUGAUCUGAAGAAGUACCUGAAAUCAGAGACUGUUCUUCUUGGAAUGUUACCGGUUGUCAAAGUCUCCCAAACUGCUUUGCUGAGUUGGUGUACACUCUCUGAGGAAUCCUGCAGAGGCCUGUCAUAUUCGGUCCUCAGCUCCCCAUCCAAUAAUCUCACAGAGCUGAACCUGAGUCAUAACGACUUGCAUGAUUCAGGUGUGGAAAUGCUUGCCGUGGGCUUAAAGAGUGUACACUGUAAACUUAAACUGGAGAUUCUCAAGCUGUCAGGUUGUCAGGUGACAGAGAAGGGCUGCUCAUUCCUGGCGUCAGCUCUAAAGUCCAAAAACUCCUCCCUGAAACACCUGGACCUGAGCUACAAUCACCCAGGAGACAAUGGGAGGAGGAUCCUCUCUGAAAUAGCUGCAGAUCCAGAUUUGAAGCUGAAGACACUCUGUUUGGAACACUGUGGAGCGCAUCGAUUAAAGCCAGGGCUGAAGAAGUAUGGUGCAGAUCUAAAGCUUGAUGAAAACACAGCUAGCAAGAGACUUAUAUUGUCUGAAGAGAACAGAAAAGUAAAAACUAUGAAGACAGUGAAUGAGAAGGUGCAGCGACCUGAUCACAAUGACAGGUUUAGGAGGAGCCAGGUGAUUUGUGAAGAGGGCAUGAAAGGCCUCUGCUACUGGGAGGUGGAAUGGGAAGGGAAGGUUGGCAUCGCAGUGACAUAUAAAGCAGUGGGUAGAGGAUGGGAUGGAAGUGGUGGCCUAGGAUGCAACGAGAUGUCCUGGAGUCUGCUUUGCUCGAGGACUAAAUACACUGCCAUUCAUGGAAAGACAUGGGAAGAUAUUAAGCCCAACAAUGACAAAGUCGAGCAAACCUCCAUAGAUGGAAACAGAUCUAAAGUUGGUAAGAAGUCUAAGGAUUGGAAGACGUCCAAAGAUGGAAAAACAUAUAAGGACGGAAAGACUUCUAUGGAUGGGAAAACGUCCAAAGAUGGAAAGACAUCAUUUGAUGAAAAGAAAUCCAAAGAUGAGAGGACAACCAAAGUCCUUGAGUCAAAAGAGGAGAAAAUGUCCAAAGAUGUGAAGAUGCCCAAAGACAUUGAUUCAAAAGAUCAGAAGACCUCCAAAGAUACUGAGUCCAAAGAUGUGAAGAUGUCCAAAAAUAUUGAGUCAGAAGAUCAGAAGACCUCCAAAGAUACUGAGUCCAAAGAUGUGAAGAUGUCCAAAAAGCCUCUUUAUAAAAGAACAGCAGUAUUUUUGGAUUGGGAAGCUGGUACUCUGACCUAUUACGAUGUCACACCAGAAAAGCUGAGCCUUAUACACACCUUCCAUGCCAAAUUCACAGAACCCCUCUUCCCAUCCUUCUGGUUUCAGACGGGCUCUGUGACCUUGUGUAAGAUUGAGGACUGAACUCCCUGCGAUGGGGAAAAGCUAACUACUGAUCAAUUGAUACUCCAUUUGACUUUUCAAUAGAAUAGCGAAACCUUGCCUGGAGCGCAUCAGUACCAUAAUGUGAAAGACUGAAAACCACUAUAUAUACAUAGUUCAUCUUGCCGAAAGAAGUUUAAGUCAAUUGAUGUUUAUUACUUUAAUGACUUCACCUGAAUUGAUGAAAGUAUUUUACCGUUCCUUAAACUAGUGAGAGUAUGCGAACACAUGAUCCAGAUAUGUGAGUAAGCAGGAGCAAAUGUACAGCAUUGUGUCAACUUUCCAUUAAUAUUUUAUGGAAAUUUUCCGUUUUUACAAUUCAAAGUUUUUUAUUUUAUUAAAUGUGAGAUGUACAGUAAUACAAAUGAAAAAUGUUAUCGAAGAACUGUAUGCUAACUGUUGCAGUCUGCUAAUACAGAACAACUGAUUUACUGCCAUGAUGUUCUUACUUUUAGUUUUGAAUAAAUGUAAUAACAUUGAUGUUGAAGGGCAUUCGAGAAAUAACAAAUAUAUUUUGUUUUAUGAAACUGAAGUGUGUCUUUAUAUAAAAAAUCUAUGUAUGAAUACACACAACUGUGUAUCUGUAUUUGUAAAUAUGAUAUAUUCUAAUUGUAUAAUGCUUUUAUUUGUCCUCAUAUUCUACAUUUUUCAAUUUGUUGUCCAUUUGAUAUUUUGGUCAUAUAAAAUGUUGUUCUGUCAUCACUUCAUCAGGCAACACUGAAUACAACCUUUAUUCUCAACCUUUAAAUAAAUAUUUUUGGACAGUC